CUUCAUUUUAAACUUGUUCGUCAUUUUAAUUUAUAAACAUUAGUUUUAUUCGUGUCAUUAUAACAUUUGUUGUGUUCUGGUGAGAGAUAAAGAUUGUUGGAACGCAGGGGUAAAUAUAUGAACAAUAUACUUGCUCAAUAUUUUACAUAAAUAAUUACGAAAGAUCAUCGCAUUGGAGGUUUAUUUGCCAACUACCCACAUAUUUUAACAACAACCGAAAGAAACGAACUUUGACUUUUGCUGUCAUCCAACGUCAAGUACGACCAUAGAUAUUAGUGUUGCCAGUCUGCUAGCGGGAAAACCGCCACAAUGGAGGGACAAUUUAAAUUGCUUUUUGACCAGAUGAAAAUUGAGAUGGAUAAACAAACAAAUAUAAUAUUUGAAAAGCAGAAAAGGAACUUAAAGGAGGUUUAUGUCACGGAAGAUUUUCCGAAGGAAAUACUGGAAAGACGAAGAGAAUUGCAACCAAAGCUUAAAGAAGAACGGGCGAAGGGAAACUUUGCAUAUAUCAAAUAUGAUCAGUUGAUAGUCAAGGAAGGAAACAUAAAUAAAGAAAAAAGGAAAAGAGAACAAUCUACGUCUCCAGAAAAUUAUAACUGUGCAAAGAAACUAGUGAGCGACACUCCGUCAAUAAAAGAAAACAUGGUAAAUUCAUUCAAGAUAACAGGAAAUAGAUUAAAUUCACUGUCUCAAGAAAUGCCCAAUCAAAAUAAGUAGCAACAAUGCACUAGUAACCGGAAGCAGAACAACCCCAACCCGGCUGGUCCCCGUGGGGUUGUUAG